GCGCAGUGAGGAGACGCAGUGAAGUUCUGUGCGGAGCGAAUAGACUGCAGCAAAAGUGGAGUGCAGGGAAGAGGUUCGAGUUUCACAUCACAGAUCACUGAGACACUGGAGCUCAGAAGGACACACUCAGAUGGCACGGCUCAUUCCCACGGCACAUUGCUAGAGCCUUCUGAUCCACCUGUAGCUACACCUCAUCAGGGAAGAUGCGUUGAACUCGUUUAUAGCCCCUUUUUCUCCGUUUAGCGCGACGCUGAAUAACCUGCUCUCUGAGAAAGUCUUGAACUAAAGUUGUGCUUGGUGUUUAUUCCAAACCUCGUGCUGUUUGCCGGUUCAUGUGCCCUCUGAUGAGUAGAUUAUAAGCUUGGUGAAGAAAGCCAGCCAGGUUAGACGCCUCUGACUACAAUGGAACAAGACACCAAAGUUUCUCGCGAUGCUCCUGGAGGAAGGACUUGCGCCGAGCAUCCGUGUGAGAGCAGCGCGUGGCCCAGGCGGGCGGAGGUGUGUGUCGCGCUUGCGGUGUGUAUUGCGCUCUGCCUCUUCUCUCUCGGAGUGUGUGUGCUGGUGUAUCUGCGCACCUCGGAGCUACAGGACAGGGUCAACAGCUUGGAGAAGCACAGAGCGCCUCCUCAGCACUCAGCCUGGAUGUUUCUCGAGCAGGUGGAACCAGUCCUCCUGAACCGCCUGGAUCAGAUGCUGGAAGAGAAGUUAGCGUCUCGUCUGCCGAAGACCAGAGAGACUCGGGAUGUUUCCCACGCCUGUCUGUGUCCACCAGGACCUCCUGGUCCUCCUGGACGAGCUGGCUUUCCGGGAGACAAAGGAUCAAUGGGCAUUCCUGGACGAAUGGGCUUAAAGGGAAACACAGGGGAAAAGGGAGCUCCAGGGGAGCCAGGUCUAUCUAUCAUUGGCCCACGAGGACCUCCUGGUCAGCCAGGCACUAGAGGAUUUCCUGGCUUUCCGGGUCCCAUUGGCUUGGAUGGCAAGCCUGGUCACAAUGGUCAAAAAGGGGACAUGGGCCCUCCUGGUCCCAAAGGACUUCGUGGUGAACCAGGUCCAAAAGGGGAAAAGGGAGUGUGUGGUGAUUAUACACAUCGGAAACGGCGUAUUGUCCACCCGUGUGCUGGAGGACAGGCCACACAGGGUGAGCCUGGAGCACAGGGACCACCGGGCCUUCCUGGCCCUCCAGGGCCUCCUGGUAGCCCAGGAUUGACUGGUGCUAAUGGGCCACCGGGAAAACCUGGAGAACCUGGAAAACCUGGAAAAGACCUAAGGAUGUUGACAGGAAUGAAGGGAGAACCUGGUGUACCAGGACAAAAGGGUGAUCGUGGUGAGAUAGGAUUAAUGGGACCUGAAGGCCCCAAGGGAUCCAAAGGGGAUCAAGGACAAAAGGGUGAAAAAGGAGAACUGAGGUCUUCAGGAGUUGGCAUUAAAGGAGAACCAGGAGUGCCAGGACUGCCUGGAUCCAAGGGUCAAAAAGGUGAUCAAGGCAUAAAGGGUGAAAGAGGAUCCCAGGGCCAACCUGGACCAAGAGGCCCUCCAGGUGCAACAGGAGAACCAGGAAAAAUGUUAAUCAACAACAAUGAGAAUGAUAUUCGUAAUGUGCAUCUAAUGGGCCCACCUGGUCUACCAGGGCCUCCUGGGUUACCUGGUGCCAAGGGUGAAGUUGGACUCCCUGGGCCUCCUGGUCUUGAUGGGGAAAAGGGUCCUCGGGGAAAAGCAGGAGAGCCUGGACCCAUUGGCCCACCUGGACCUGAAGGGCCACGAGGAGAAGGAGGAGUUAUGGGCUUCCCUGGACCUAAAGGGGAUAAAGGAGACAUGGGUCCAUCUGGAUCACCUGGUUUAGAUGGCCCUACUGGUGAAAAAGGGUCUCCAGGGUCUCCUGGCCCCAUUGGAUUACUAGGCUCAAUGGGUCAGAAAGGUGAAGCUGGAGAGAAGGGGGAAAAUGGAGACCAGGUGUAUGGCCCACCAGGACCUCCAGGACCUGCAGGACCAGUGGGGCCAAUGGGAUCUCCAGGAUUGUCAGGGCCAAAGGGGGAACCAGGUCUGGGCAUAAGAGGAGAGAAAGGAUCACCUGGACAGAAAGGAGAUAAAGGAGAUAGGGGUCAUCUUGGACUACCGGGGGCUCAUGGUUUAGACGGCAAGCCUGGUCCAGUGGGUCUUAUAGGACCGCCUGGUAUACCUGGACCAGCAGGACCAAAAGGAGAGAGGGGUGAGAAAGGAGAAAUGGGAGUAGCAGGACCAACAGGGCCUCAAGGCAUCCCUGGCUUAGUAGGACCACCAGGAUUAAAAGGAAACCGGGGGGAGAGGGGCAAGAGAGGCAACAGGGGGGCCAAAGGGGAUAAGGGAGACCAAGGAGCCCCAGGAUUAGAUGCCCCUUGUCCUUUGGGUGAUGAUGGUCUACCAGUACCAGGAUGUUGGAAUAAAUGACAUUAAUUCCGGAUUGUUGUGUUUGAUUGUACAUAGAAUAUUUAUUUUUGUACUGUUUGCUUUGUUAUAUGUUGGGAAAAAUAUAGAACAUCCUAAAAUUACUGGCAGGACUUUUGUACAGAUUUAUUUUUAUUACUGUUUAUUUUUUAUUACUGGCAAUAUUUUUUAUGUAAUGGAUUUUAUACUGUGCCUAUGCAUUAUGCAAAAUGUUUUGAUUAAGGAGAAAAUAUACUGAGGCAGCAUAUGCAUGAUAUUUGUGCAUUAUGUUAACUGAUAUGUGCCUAUUAACUUAUUGUAUAAUGGUGUUUUGAUGAGCUGUAACAGACCAUGCUGCACUAAUCAGUGGAGCUGGAUUUUUGAAACGGCCUUUCCUCAUUUCUCAGAUUAAAGUAGACACCAAAAGUUGUAUAGCACUGACCACCACUGUAAUCUGUAAGGUUUACUAAAAGGGAUCGUUUAAAACAGUGUGCUGAGGAUAUACAACCAAACUUUAAUGUGGCACUGAGAUUUUUAAACAAGUCACUUAGUAUCUCUCAAUGCAUAACUUAUUAGCAUAUAUGGUCAGUAAAUGUUUUAAUCUUUUAAAUAGGGCUUUCUGAAAAUAGUUUUCUAUU